GGGAGCGCCGGGCGCCGCCGCCGCAGCGGGGCGGCACCAGGUUUGGCUCCCCCGACCCGACCCGACCCGACCCGACCCGACGCGGCGGCCGCCCCGGGUGGGUGCCCCCUCCGUGCCCCCUCCUGCCGUCCCUAAGGGUGGGGAUAGGUUUUUCCACCAUGUUUGGAAAAAAAAAGAAAAGGCUUGAAAUUUCUGGACCUUCUAACUUUGAACAUCGGGUUCACACUGGAUUUGAUCACCGAGAGCAGAAGUUCACUGGACUACCUCAGCAGUGGCACAGCUUGUUAGCAGACACAGCAAACAGGCCAAAGCCUAUGGUGGACCCCUCAUGUAUCACUCCUAUCCAGCUUGCGCCUAUGAAGACUAUUGUUAGAGGAAAUAAACCUCGAAAGGAUACUUCAAUCAAUGGCCUGCUAGAAGAAUUUGACAAUAUCUCAGUGACACGAUCUAAUUCCCUACGGAAGGAAAGUCCUCCCACCCACCAUCAAGGGAAUUCGAACCAUGUGCAGAGGCACCAGGAGGAAAACGGUUAUAUCACAUACUCUCAAUAUUCCAGUGAGUCAGAUACUACUACAGACUAUGUCAUGGAAAAAUAUAGAGACAAGGCUCUUUAUGGGGAAGAGCUAGACAGAUACUACAAAGGUAGUUAUGGGACAAAGCAAAAUGGACACAUGAUGAAAAUGACUGCCAGAGACAUCUAUUACUCAGAAGUUAAACCCCUGAAAUCAGACAUCUCAAGGUUCCUUCCAGAUUAUCAUACGCACAUGGAAGCAAAAACAAGACCAAUUGAAUACAGUGGCCUAAAGCUGGAGUAUCAGAGGAUUCCUGGUGGAUCCUCACUAGACUAUGGAGAUCCCUUCCCUUAUGCUCCCUCACGAACGUCAGUGCAAAGCGAGUGCUCGAAGGAGAGGCUUGAGUACAGUGACAGCGACUGGGGAAACGGAUCAGGCAAGGACGAGUAUGACAAAAGGCCAAAGUCGUCAUACGUAAACCCGGCAAGUCCACAGCCAGCCAUGAGACAGAGAUCCAGGUCAGGCUCUGGUCUGCAGGAGCCAGCCAUGCCCUAUGGAACAAGUGCUUUUAAAGCGAACCAACAAGGACACUCGUACAGCUCCUACACCUACCCUCGCUUGUCUGAAACUGCGGCAGGCAUCCCAAAGGUGGAUUAUGAUCGAGCGCAAAUGGUAGUUAGCCCACCACUCUCCGGAUCGGACACCUACCCUAGGGGCCCGGUAAAGCUACCUCAAAGUCAAAGCAAAGUUAGCUAUUCAAGCAGUAGCUAUCAGUAUCCUUUAGUCUAUCACAAAGCGUCUCUCUAUCACCAGCCAUCUCUCCAGCCAAGCUCUCCCUAUAUUUCCACGGCUUCCUACCCAAGCUCUCCAAGUAUCACAUCAAGUGCUUAUCCUCCACCGAGCUGGGGUUCCUCCUCAGACCAACAGCCAUCCCGGGUGUCCCACGAACAGUUCAGAGCUGCUCUGCAGCUUGUUGUCAGCCCGGGGGACCCCAGGGAAUACUUGGACAACUUUAUCAAGAUAGGAGAAGGCUCCACAGGGAUUGUCUGCAUCGCCACUGAGAAACACACAGGAAAGCAAGUCGCAGUGAAGAAAAUGGAUCUCAGGAAACAGCAGAGAAGGGAAUUGCUCUUUAAUGAGGUUGUAAUCAUGAGAGAUUACCAUCACGAAAAUGUGGUCGACAUGUACAACAGUUACCUGGUUGGCGAUGAGUUGUGGGUUGUGAUGGAGUUCCUGGAGGGCGGUGCUUUGACAGACAUAGUGACUCACACAAGGAUGAGUGAAGAGCAGAUAGCUACUGUCUGUUUAUCUGUCCUGAGAGCACUGUCCUACCUGCACAAUCAAGGGGUUAUUCACCGCGACAUCAAAAGUGACUCCAUCCUUCUCACAAGCGACGGGAGGAUAAAAUUGUCAGACUUUGGAUUCUGUGCCCAAGUUUCUAAGGAAGUCCCCAAGAGGAAAUCGCUGGUUGGAACACCUUACUGGAUGGCACCAGAGGUGAUAUCUCGCCUGCCUUAUGGCACUGAAGUGGAUAUCUGGUCGCUUGGUAUCAUGGUAAUAGAGAUGAUAGACGGAGAACCUCCCUAUUUCAACGAGCCUCCGCUCCAGGCAAUGCGCAGGAUCCGGGAUAAUUUACCGCCCCGAGUGAAGGACAUACACAAGGUCUCCUCGGUCCUCCGGGGCUUCUUGGACUUGAUGCUGGUGCGGGAGCCCUCACAGAGAGCCACCGCGCAGGAGCUGCUGAGACACCCCUUUCUGAAGCUGGCAGGGCCACCUUCCUGUAUCGUGCCCCUCAUGCGGCAGCACAGGCACCGCUGACCCCGGCGAGCUUGCAGGAGGAGGCUGGUACGGAGGCCAGGUGAAGCCUUGCAGGAAUCCUAGAGGGCUUUUCGGAAACUGUGGGAAGGGGCAGCCGCAAGCUCGCGAAGGAAGAACAGCUCUGUGAAAAUAAUGCAGUGUACAAAAAAAAAAUCCCGAGGUGCUCUCUGGAGCUGUGAAAGACCGGUGAGCUCUCUUUGCCGCUGAUGGCACAGCCACGCGGUGACGUUAAGCGGUGCCCCACAGAAUGACUCUUCCACGGGCAGUCAUCUGCUCAGCUCUCUGCCAUCGAAGCAGAAGGAUUCAAAUACCAACAUGGUUCAAAAGAUAAUAGACGAUAGCACUACCAGCGUGAAACAUCAGAAUUUUAUUGCAAAAGUAAAGGAUAUGGCGCUUCUGUUUCAGAAGAACACUUUUCUGGCAAAAAGCACUUUUUAUCUCAGUCAUAACAGUGUAAUGUAUUUUGAAAUGAAUUUGUAAUUUUCUGUACAGUACUUUUUGAUAAUUUGCAGUACUUUGUCAUGUAACCAUCGUGCUAGUUGAAGUAAUAAGUGUAACUUAGCAAGAGUUUUGGAAAAAGGCUUUCCUACUUUUUUUAACCCUUUUGAAAAUGGAAAAAAAAAAAAAAAGAAAAACCUUUUAGGAACCUAGAAUGUUUGGCAGAUUUUCCGUCGGGUUCUUACCUUUACAGCAGUAUAGAGAGCAAUGAGAACUAACGUUACUAAUGCAGUAAUGAUUUUCCGACCCGAGCACUGACAGUAUUGUUUUGAAACGUUACGUGGUGCUGCUAGAUCUGAGGGAGUUCUAGCUGCACAGUGGAAACCAGUACUUCUGUUGAAUGUCAUAAAUCGUCUGGUUCUCCUUCGUUUCCUCGUUUCUAGAGCCGAGGGGGCGAACACAUCAAACGUACCUCUGUUGGAGGGUUGUCUUCUAAUGACGUGGUGGGUUCUUCAUUUCAUGCUGUGCUGGCCUUGCUGCUGCAAGGUCAAGCGUGUCACCCCAAAGUCUCCGUUUUUCUAUAUCACACUUUGAAAGUCAAAGCGGACUGUGGAAGUCUAAUUACCAAGCGGGUAUUCUCCGGAUUUCAGACAGACUCCUGUAGUAUGUUACGAGGUGUUUGCCGUAUAGAAAAAGUUGUGCUGCUGUCUAGACCUUUCUGAAUGUUGAUACAACAGUUGACUACUGCGAUACAUUUUUGUGUUAUUUGUUGGAUGAACUUGCAUGUUAAUUGUAGGCCUAAAUAGAUUUGCCUUUAAAAUUUUUAGAAAUGUUUCAUAAUUAUUUCAAUGAUUAAUUAAUUUAUUAACGAUUAGUUAUUUUAAUUAUGUAUAAUACAAAAGCCAUGUUUUUCCAAUUUUUUUUCUUACUGACCUCAUUUUACAAUAUCACUAUGAAACACAAACCCAAUUUUGUGAAAACACAAUUAGUUUAUUUCUUAUUAUGGAGUUUCAGAGUGACUAAAUUAAUUGUUAUUUAUUGCUGUAAAUUAUAACAGAACUUGUAAAACUGGCAUGAGCUGUUCCUUAAUGAGCUUCCUCCUGGACAAAAGAUUUGCCGAGAGUUAAGAGCUCCUUUAGUACUGCCCCUAAAAAAGUUAAACAUCUGAAGGGAGAGGAAGAAUUUAAAAGUUACAAAAGGGGAGAUAAAACCGAAUAGGAAUUCAAACACCGAAUAAAUGUCCUUAAACAGGCAUAUCGUACUCCCUGCUCCUUUCUCCUCCCAACCAUAUUUGCACAUUGUAACUUUGCACCAGUGCCCGCUCCUCGAAGUCCUCGAUGCGAUUCAACGGCUCUUUGGCACUGGAAGGAGCCAGCGGCACUAGGUGCCCCCAGGGACCCUCCCGGGUCUCCGCAGCGCCCGCCCGCCCGCGGCAGGUCCUCCCCGCUGCCGACGCUGUGGUUCCUUCGUUCCCCGCCUUUCCUACCAGCCCGUCGCCCCAGUUCGGACCCGCUGAAGCCUCGCGGAGGAAACGGAGGUGGCUGCGGGACUUUAAAACUCGUUCGUAAUUUAUAGUCUUGGCAACUCAGGAAAAAGGCUGCACCCAGGAAGACGAUGGUGACCUACAAGUGGAACCAGAGUAUUAGCCGCAAAAUUGACCUUUUAAAACCAUCUUUGAAUACAAAAAAAAAAAAAAAAAAAACGGGUUGGGUUGUUUGGAUUUUUUUAAUAUUCAGCACAUUUUAAACGGUACAAGUGGAGAAUUUUCUGCAACUUUCUUACCAUUCGGUAUUUUAAACAGUAUUCAUCAAAUUUACUGAGAGUUUUGCCAGCUUAAAAGUUUUUUUUCUUUUGUGAACACCAACUACUGGUGAAAAAAAAUGCACAUGCAAAUGAAAAAAAAAAUAAAUGUUUUCAUUUU